AUGCCGACAACCCAGGACACCAUCAUCAAUAACAACACUACCAUGAAACUACCAGAUCUGUGCCUCACAAUCCACUUCACCUUCAACAACAACACAUGCAAACAAAUCAACGGAAAACCAGUGGGAUCCCCAAUAUCAUGGCUUAUUGCAGAAGCAGAAAUGCAAAGUAAAAUGAAAUAUCUAGUCACAGAAUUUCUGUUCAUUUUGAGCUGGAGUCUCACCUCCUCUCUCUAUUUUCAUCAGGGGGAGAAAGAAGAAAAGUGUAUCAUAGAGGACAUACCAGGUGAUACCCUGGUUACAGGACAUUACAAAAUCCAAUCGUGGGAUUUGGCCACACGAGAUUUUCUUCCUUCUGCUCCAGGUUUGGGGAUGUUUGUGAAUGUCAAAGGUCCGGAUGGGCAGGUUUUGUUGCAUAAACUGUAUGGGCCGGACAGUCGUUUUACAUUUCAGUCACACUUUCAAGGGGAGCACCAUAUCUGCCUCAUGUCCAACUCCACCAAAAUAGCUGUGUUUGCUGGGACCAAACUGCGCAUAAAUCUGGAUGUUCAAGUUGGUGAACAGGCCAUUGAUGAGUCUCUCAAAGAAACUAAAGACACAGUCAAUGAAGUGAAGGAAAGAUUGCUGUAUUUGCUGAACCAGAUGCAAUAUAUCAGCAGGCAGCAGGAUUACCAAAGGUCACGUGAAGAAGAAUUUCGUCAAAUAAAUGAAGAAACUAACAGUAGCGUCUUAUGGUGGGCCAUUUUUCAAACCGUUAUCCUCCUCUCAAUGGGAGCUUGGCAAAUGAAGCAGAUGAAAAAUUUCCUGAUAGCCAAGAAACUAGUAUGA